GCUACAGAACAACAGCACCGUUCGUUACCACACCAACUUUCUCCACACCACUCAAUUGAAGUUCAACAUGCCUGGUCCUUUCGGUGAAGCUCCCGUCGCAAAGUCGCUCCUCGACUUCCAGCGCGUUCUCUCGCCCACCGCGGGCGUGCGCGUCUCUCCGCUAUGUCUUGGAGCGAUGAACUUUGGUGACUCGUGGGAAGACAUGAUGGGCAAGUGCGACAAGAAGACGACGUUUGAGAUCUUGGACUACUUCUACGAGCAAGGCGGCAAUUUUAUCGACACCGCGAACAACUACCAAAACGAAGAAUCUGAGACCUGGCUUGGCGAGUGGAUGGCAGCCCGCAAGAACCGCAAUGACAUUAUCAUGGCGACAAAGUUUACGACUUUGUAUCCUGACCCUGCAACGAGGCCGCGCAUGGCUGCCAACUAUGCGGGUAACAGCUCGAAGUCGCUUCGUGUGUCGCUCGAGGCGUCGCUCAAGAAGUUGCAGACGGACUACAUUGACCUGCUCUACGUGCAUUGGUGGGACUUCAGCACGUCGAUCCCAGAACUGAUGCAGAGCUUGAACGCCAUGGUCACUUCUGGCAAGGUCUUGUACCUUGGUGUCAGCGACACUCCAGCAUGGGUCGUUAGCAAGGCCAACGAAUACGCCCGCAACCACGCCCUCCGUCCCUUCUCCGUCUACCAAGGCCGCUGGUCCGCCGCCUCUCGCGACUUCGAGCGCGACAUUAUCCCCAUGGCGCGCGACGAAGGCAUGGCCCUGUGUCCCUGGGGCGCCCUCGGCGGCGGGAAAUUCACAACCGAGCAGAAGCGCAGGGAGAAUGACACUGGCCGCGGCGCAAUGUUUGGCGCGCCGACCGAGAACGAAAUCAAAGUAGCCAAGAAGCUGGAGGAGAUUGCGAACAACAAGAACUCGCAGAUCACAAGCAUUGCGCUGGCAUAUGUCCGUGCCAAAUACCCAUAUGUGUACCCGAUCGUAGGAGGCAGGAAGAUCGAUCACUUGAAGGGCAACAUUGAGGCUCUUGGUAUCGAUCUGAGUGAGGAUGAAGUCGAUGAAAUUGACGGCGCCGUCGACUUUGACAUCGGCUUUCCUAUGAACUUCCUCUUCGAGUUCGGCAAUGGCUCGAAGUACAAGUCUACCAUGACGACCGCGAACGUCGGACUGCUCAACUUCGCUGGCAACAUGGACUCGCCAGAGCACCUGAAGGGCCCGAAACCUCACGGCCUCAAGGGCUUCGGAAAGAAUCCCGCUUAGAUAGUCAAAGUAGAACCAUCUUGAAUGGAAUUACGUACAU